UCAACGCCAUCUUGGGGGUGUUUCUUUCCCGUGUUGUUUUUUCUUUGUGUUGCGUUUGUCGAAUUCGCUGCUGCUGCUGCUGCUCGCGCGUUACUUGCUUCUUCUUCCACGUUACUUCGCGCUUCUCUCUCACCGAUGAUGAUUCAGAACUCUCGAUGUUAACUCGUAUUUGUUUUCUGAGAAAACUACGGGGAUGAGAUAAAGAAACGCGACUCUGUGUAGAGGUUAGAAAACACUUGUCGCACCGCAACGAUGGAUCUGUCAAAAAUACCAAACGAGAAGAAAUUGUAUCUCUGCAAAUGGUAUUUCCGCGCUGGGUUUGCUCUACUGCCAUUUUUAUGGGCUGUGAAUGCAAUUUGGUUCUCAAAAGAGGCAUUUGUUGCGCCACCUUAUGAAGAACAGAAGCAAAUAAAAAAAUAUGUGAUUCUUUCUGGUAUAGGAGCGGUUAUUUGGACAGCUAUCUUAUUAGCUUGGAUAAUUACCUUUCAAGCUCAGAGAGCUGCAUGGGGUGAAAUUGCUGAUUACAUCAGCUACAUCAUUCCCACUGGUAUUCCUUGAUGAUUUUAAUAGUCAAUAGUUUUUUUUUUUUUAUUUUUAUUGUUACAAUAUUUAUUAUAAAAGUUUUAUAUAUUAAGGACUUACAUAUAAGUGUACAUCACACGUAAGCGUUUCUGCUUCUCUAAAAAUAUUUUGUAUCUAGCACAUAUUUAAAAAAAUUAUAUUUCUGAUACAUAUGGCGUAUA